UGUCCAUUUUAUCGUUUUCCCCACUAGUCUUCGCUCCAAACACAUCACCCAUACUCUCUCUCUCUCUCCAUCAUCAUCAUCCCCAGAGAACCUCAGAUUAGGGUUUCUCUUUCACUAACCGAUCUGCAGGUACUACUCACACGUACUUCGAAUUCUUCACUCGCCGAUGGAGAAUCAGCAGCGAGGCGCUUCGUCUCGCGGCGAAAAGAGUUCGGUCAGAGGGAUCGAUCUCAUGAGAGUUGAUCAAUGCGAAGAGAUCGGUGCUCUCUCCUCCGCGCCCGCCCCGACGGUCGUAGGCACGAUCGAGCAGGAGGCCCCUGUUAAGCGAAAACGUGGCCGGCCUCCGAAGGCGCACGCUCAGACGCCGUUGCAAACUCAGCAGCCCCCGCCGCCGCAGCCUCCGCCUCCGCCGCCACCGCCGCGGAAGGAUGAUAAGGAAGAAGAUGUCUGUUUUAUUUGCUUUGACGGCGGAGACCUCGUUCUAUGUGAUCGCCGGAACUGCCCCAAGGCGUACCAUCCAACUUGUAUUAACAGAGACGAGGCCUUCUUUCGAACAACCGCUAAAUGGAACUGCGGUUGGCACAUAUGCAGUGCAUGCCAGAAAUCAUCCAGUUAUAUGUGUUAUACAUGCACUUUUUCUGUUUGUAAGCGGUGCGUUGCUUAUGCCGACUAUGUGUUUGUGAGAGGUAACAUGGGGCUUUGUGGCACUUGUAUUAAGCCAAUAAUGUUGAUUGAGAAUAUUGGUCAAGGAGAUGUUCAAGCGGUUAAGGUGGAUUUUGAUGACAAGCUCAGUUGGGAGUAUCUAUUCAAGGUAUAUUGGCUUUGCCUGAAGGAAGAGCUGUCUCUAACUGUGGACGAGCUUACUAGAGCAUAUAAUCCUUGGAAGGAGGCUCCUUACACUGUUCCUAUAGUGGAGCCACGAAAUGGUCAUACCCGUAACAAUGCUUAUUCGUCUGGCAAUUCAGCUUUGGAUGUAGCAGAGAAUGGAACAAAGAGAAGAAAGACUUGUGAUUCUUCCACCUUACCUUGCAAGUUGGAUGCCAAUAAUCCAAGUAAUACCCCAAAUAAGCUUUCUGGAGAUACAAAUUGGGCAACAAAAGAACUCCUCGAGUUUUUGUCGUUCAUGAGAAAUGGUGAUACAUCAGUUAUUUCUCAGUUCGACGUGCAGGGUCUUCUACUUGACUAUAUCAAGAAAAAAAAUCUUAGGGAUCCUCAGCAGAAGUCUCAAGUUAUGUGUGACCUAAUGCUUGUGAAGUUGUUUGGAAAACAGCGAGUGGGUCACCUUGAAAUGCUUAAGCUUCUUGAGUCUCACUUUCUUAUUCAAGAGAAACCGAAAGACGAAAAAACCACAACAGUGGAAACUACUCAUGCUGUUCCUAGCCAAGUAGAUGAAGGUAGUGGUCAUGAUCCACCGGUUAGGGAUAGAAGACGCAAGAUGCGUAGGAAAACUGAUGGCAGGGUACAAAAUGAAAAUCUGGAUGCAUAUGCAGCGAUUGAUGUUCACAAUAUCAACUUGAUUUAUUUGAAACGUAAAUUUUUGGAGACUCUACUUGAUGAUAUCAGCAAAGUUCACGAAAAGGUGGUAGGCACAAUUUUGAGAAUUAAAGUAUCUGGCAGCGACCAGAAGCUGGAUAUUCACAGGCUCGUUCAAGUUGUAGGUACAAGCAAGGCAGCAGCAACCUAUCAACUUGGCGCAAAGACUACAGAUGUUAUGCUAGAAAUACUAAAUCUAGAAAAGAGAGAGGUCAUCUCGAUUGAUCAAUUAUCUGACCAGAAUGUCACAGAGGACGAGUGCAAACGGCUACGCCAGAGCAUAAAAUGCGGUCUCAAUAAACGUUUGACUGUGGGUGACAUCUUGAAGACGUCAACAACACUGCAAGCCAUGAGAAUUAAUGAGUCUCUGGAAGCUGAGAUAUUAAAGGUCAAACACCUCCGUGAUCGGGCCAGUGAGAAGGGUCACAGAAAAGAGCUUAGAGAAUGUUUAGAAAAGCUGGGGCUUCUAGAAUCACCUGAGCAUCGCCAGCGGCUUCUGCAGGAAGUCCCAGAAGUUCACACGGAUCCAAGCAUGGAUCCGAGUCAUCCAUCAGCAGAAGAUGCAGUGUUGGGUACGAGGAACCAAGAUAAUCACAUUAAGGCACAAAGUAAAGGUCCGAAGAAAAAAGGGAACUUGGGAAACAAUGAGCAGAGAAAAUAUGAUGCUCCAGUUUUGCGAAGUAGAAAGGCCGUGAAUGUUACUAAGAAAGAUGAUUGUUCCAAGGUCCACAACAAUUCGUCAGAUAUCCAGGAAAGUGGUAAAGAUGAUGAGGAGAGUGAAAUAUGGCAUUAUCGAGAUCCAACCGGAAAGACACAGGGACCGUUUUCGAUGGUGCAGCUCCGCAGAUGGAAAUCUUGUGGUCAUUUCCCCCCUUAUCUUAGGAUAUGGAGAGCGCAUGAGAACCAAGACGAGUCUAUACUUCUGACUGAAGCUCUUGCCGGAAGAUUUGAUAAAGCAACUACUUCGCCAAGUUCCUCUUUGCUUCCCCAAGAACUCAAACUAUCUCAGCACGACUCGGGACGCACUAGCGUGGAUGGGGUCUGUCUUCGGCAGAACCUUACGCCAGUCAGCAACAGUGCAGCCUCCUCUUCUUCCUCUACUGUUAGUGCCCUUCCUAACGAUCCAAAAGAGAAACAAGUUGCGACUCUUUUACCUUGCUCUGGAAAAGUUGAAGAUGGUAAUUCUGUUCGUUCCAAGCCUCAAGUUAGUUGUCCAGCAUCAAUGUCUGUGGUUCCAGGACAUGUAGUUACUCCUGACGUAAGAGAAACUUCAGUGGCAGAUGGCAAGACUGUAGAAAAAGGAACAAACGGUGGUUCUGUUCGUGCACCAAACCUUAAUCAAGAAAUUCAUGUCCCUGAUAUCCGCAGUCCUACACCAAAGUCAAGCCCUGAAGACUUGGAAGCUCAAGCGGCAGAGACUAUUCAGUCUCUGUCUUCAUGUGUUUUGGUCAAAGGAACAUCUGGUGUCACAUGGAGCACCAGCACCACAAGUACCACCGAUGCUCCUACCACCACUUCGAGUGUUGUGGUCACUGGAGAACAGCUUCCUCAAGUAACACAGCAGGAUGCUGUUGUUUCAGCUGCACCGUCUGUGAAGCCAGUUGAUUUGGCAGCUGAUCACGCCACAGCUACUCAGACUUCAGGCAACACCCAAGUGGGUCACUCAUCUGGGUGGCCAGCCAUUGUGGCUGACCCGGACGAGUGUGAUGAAUCAGUUUCGGAUCUAUUAGCCGAAGUUGAAGCGAUGGAGCAGAACGGUUUGCCCUCUUCACCCACCUCAACAUUUCACUAUGACGACGAUGAUUUGACAAAAGGGCCCGAAAAAGAUUUCUUUAACCCUGUGGCACGCAUGUCCCUCGCACCUGAAACAUGCAACAGAAUGAAUAUCUCUCAGCCGAGUAUCCUUGACAAUGUCUCUGCGGGGAAAAGCUCAAUGGGCACAGAAGCAAAAGACAACACUCUCUUCAACCACUGUGGAACCGCUGGACCGGAGCUCCAGCUCUUUGCACCGCCAGCGCCAGCGCCAGCGCCAGUUAGUCAGGACCUGACUCUGACGACAACAGCUCUCAGACUGGGAUCAGAAACCACGGUUAAAGCUGGAUCGGUCGAGAGGCUUCCCAAGUCUCUUUCGGGAGUUGGUUUGGAACCGAGCCCCAGGUCAUCAUCAUUACAUGACUCACCACGUGGAAGCACAGAGCGCGGCCCACGUGGAAACACGGAGCGCAGCCCACGUGGACAUGGAAGUCAUCAAAGAAGAUCCGGUGGGCACAGCAGAGAGCGGCAAUGGUGGAACAAUGAUCACAACAGUAGCGUCAACAACAGUCGUAACCAUAACCAUCGGCAAUGGCCAUACAGCAGUAGCCAUGGGCAUGACCAUGGAUCAGGUUCAUACACAGCUCAUCCGCCCAAAGGGCUAAAGAUAUGUAAGUUCUAUGAGAGUGGAAACUGCAAAAAGGGUGCUUCUUGUAGUUUUUGGCACCCCUGAUUCGCAUUUGUUAUAUUGUAUAAUUUAUCUGUUUAGGUAACAUGUCGAACAUCUUGUAGCACCAAAGUUUUUGUACGGAAAACGUGAUUUCUAGUUUUAACGAAAAAAUAUGAUCUAAAUGUUAUGAUUCUUUUUUUUUUG